AUGAAGAAAGCUGCGCUUAACAACAUGUUCCGCACGGCAAGAACCGUUUGUAGUGGACCUGAGGAGAGAAAGGAACCGUUAACUUUGGUCCACGAAAUUGCUGUUUCCAAUGGUUAUGAAAUCCGAACGCCUGAAACGAGACGAUACCGAAGUGAACGAGCACGGCAAUUGGAAAACCCCACCACAGAUAAGAUACCUCUCUACUUUCCUUACAUCUCCAAUGAAAUGAGCGCUGCCAUUAGGCGGUGUCUGAGGAGAGCAGACUUGGACAGCUCUGUUUCGGUCGUUGAAAUACCAGCGAACAAUUUGAAACGUCAGCUAGUUCGGAAUCGUUUGUACGAUACCAUCUGUACACCACCGAACUGUGUUAUUUGUCCCACAGGUAGACCAGGAGACGAAAGAACUGUGGCAACGAGUAUGUCGGUGAAACGGCACGACCGCUGUAUGUCCGCAUCAAAGAGCACGUGA